AUGUAGGUAUUAAUUAUCAAUCAUUCCAAUCAAAAGUUUAAUUAGACUAAGUCUCGACUUACACCAGAAUACCCUAGGCAGAAGUGGAUUAAGUUGUGUGACCCACUAUUAAAACCCAUCCUUAUCAAAGGGGCAUGCCAGCUUGCUACCUCUAAGAUGAUUCUUCCAUCCAGAAUUACCCAUAGAACUCGGGAUCACUACUAAAACUGA